AUGUCUGCCUAUUCACUGAAAUCAAUGGAGCCAGUUGAGCCGUCAGAAACGGUCAACGAUAAGGUAUUUGGGUUUCCUUAAGUUCUCUACCUCUGGCUCUCAUACAUUUGAAUUUGGCACCUCUUUGCACGCGUUACAUUGAAUUUCCCUAAGCAUACUGUGCCCUAGGGUUUUUAGCCAGCGCCAAAAAGCAUGCUUUCUCCAAUUUUCUAGAUCGUAUUUAUUUCCCCUCGAGUGAGUAGGCAUUUUAAUGACCACAUUGCAAGACGAAAUACUGACCAUAAAGCCCAGUUGGCGUUAAGACCACACUGCUUUUGUCUUUGUUUUUUUAAGGUUUAAUCCCUUGUUACGAUUGUCGAGAAUGUAUGGCAACUCAAACGUCCCCUUCUACGUCCUUUCUGUUCGUCACCUGAUGGCAAUCCGACCAGAUACUAGUGUAAAUCAAAUAAACCUGCAAUGAAUCCGCUCUCUAGCCUUGCUGGUCAGUAUUAAUGCCAGUUUUGAAGGCCCUGAAUUCAGGUUAAAGUACCGACGGUUGACAUAAGUAGUCGGAGUCGACAAGCCCUGGUGACUGUCCGACUCCUUCCUAUGCGAUGAUUGGUAUAGUCAACACCAAUACCAAAAUGAUAACCACACAAGCGCCAGGCCUAAAGGCAUGAUCACUAAAACCAUUUUUAUUUGCCAGACUCAGGAGCUGACGAAGUGCCCAGCUUGUCUGUGGACCAAUAACAGAUUAGCACGCAUCUACUUGGCACUGCAGCUGCGGCCAUCUGUUGUUUCUGAACGUCGCAAACCAAUCUGUCAGAUGUUCCCAUUCUCAAAUCCGCACAAUGUCUUCAGCGAUUGCCUUUUGUUUGCCUGUUUUAUCGUUUGAAGAUGGGAUUGUUGUACAUAGCCAGGUUACAAUAAUUUCUAAUGGACUUGAUCCCGUGUGACCUUUUACAGAGUCCGGGUCAGUGUGAAUCGCCCCAAAGUGCACUGAAGGCUACAGACGUCCGAACGACUCCUCAAGUACACGCGGUAGCCGAACCGCUCAGUUUGUCGUUGGACUCGAGGAUCACAACGCAGACCGCCAUCACAGCAUCAUCCCCUCACGACCCUUCCCACUCCUACUUGUCUGAACCUUCUUCCUUGGUUCCAGAGACACCUCAGCUGCAGCCAGCGCUCCAACCGCCAUCUAGGGGUUCGCUUGCUGAUAGCAGUGUGAGGGGCACUGAAAAUGAACUGGAUGCAGAGAGCUGUGAAUUCAUGCCUACUAUUGUAAGCUCUACUGACUUUAGGCUUAUUUACUGCUGGUUUGUUACUCACUCUGCGGAUUUUAGUCUGCACCUAGACCUUUGGAUUCUAGCCAAAGGGGUUUUUACAUGUCCUUCCAACUUUGACUGUCGUGGGGUGUCAGCAUGUGGGAUUCUGCCGUUAGGGGAUACAAGCGAGGUGCGAGUUGAUAAGAUAUAGAAGCGAUCGCUGAAACAAAAGCCUUAUUCACCUGGAGUUUCGGGCUCACGCUCAAACGUAUCAUCAGAGACGGUGAUAAUUACGGGUAGUUAGUGCACAGGCAAGAAACAUCUGGAGUCCUUUGCCGGAUCUGGUGCAGCUAUGAGACAGCAACUACGUCAGAGAAACUCAACGACUGCUUCGGACGCGAAUCGCCGAACACGCGGCUUCCGUGUGGAUACAUGAUGCCAACCCCCAGGUCGCGGCCCCUUGAAUGAGACCCGACCCAACAUUCAGGUUCAACGAGACCGAAGUUCUCGCGAUAGGUGACAAUCACAUGAGCCGCGAUUUGCUUGGGUCAUUUUUCACGGGGCCCAGUUUAUCAACAAUUGCAAUGACACCCUCACCCAUAUUCGGUGCCGAAAUGUAGUCUGGCCAAAGUAAUUAGCCACUUGGGGGCUUGCAGGCCGGUGAGCCAGGUGGCUGAGCAAUCAUCACGCCACCAUCCCUCAAGGGUGAUAUAACUUCGGCACCUCACAACUCGCAUGCCGACCAUCAAGCACUUAGCCCACCAGCGGGCAACAAUUCUUGAUGAAGGGGAGAGCGGUUAAUUAUCAU